CCCGGAUUCCCAUUCGCCCAACGAAUUACGCCACAGUGCCCAUCCCUCCCUUGCUUCCCUGUCACGACGUGUUUCUGUGAGGCGCAGAGCUCUGGGCACAUGCCGCCGUCGCCGCUACCGCCGACACUCUGGUAGCUUCUGCUGGUCCGGAAUAAUGAGUCCAAGGCGGGUACUCUUCCAACCUGCCAACAUACUUGCUGACGCUCAUCACAUACUAACUAUACCCGUUUCUUGUUCUCUUUUGUAAUCUUCUCGAUAGGGUGUCCCGGCUUUUCGUCCCUCAUUCGCACAAUUUGCUUUACCUUCGAAUAAUUCUUUCCUCAACGCGCAGUGCUGCACCCCUUACAGUCUUCCUUGCGUAAAACGUCUGCGCCGUAAUAACAUCAAGAACAGCAUGUCGGAGAUAUUCAUCAACCACAUCACGCGGUGGCUCUUUAGCUCACCGCCGGCCGAAUGGGCCAUUGAACAGCUCCGCGAGCUCCUCAUUGGCGCACUGAAGCAAGGCCCAGUCCCUCAACAUGUCGCAUUCGAGAUGGACGGCAACAGGCGGUAUGCUCGCGGCAAGAAGAUGGAGACGAUCGAAGGUCACCACCACGGGUUCGAGGCUCUGGCCAGGGUUCUCGAGAUUUGUUACAAAUGCGGCGUUAAAGUCGUGACGGUUUACGCCUUCAGUAUAGAAAACUUCAACCGCCCGCAAUACGAGGUCGAUGGGCUUAUGCAGCUGGCCAAGGUGAAGCUCGAGCAGUUGACGAAGCACGGAGAUAUCCUGGAUCGGUACGGCGCGGCGGUGCGUGUGCUCGGCCAGAGAGACUUGAUCCGCAAGGACGUGCUCGAGGUAGUUGACCGUGCAGUCGACAUGACCAAGUACAACAAGCGCAACGUGCUGAACAUCUGCUUCCCGUAUACGGCGAGAGAAGAAAUGACAACGGCCAUACGAUCCACGGUGCAGGAGUAUAUGAUGCCUCCAGGCCCCAAGUUCACGCCCUUCCCGGCCGCUCGCAUCUCGCAGAAGAUCAUGUCGAAGCAGCUAGAGCGUCGAGAGCCCCUCCCCACCAUUCGCGACACGUCGCCCGCUCCCUCCUCCCGGUCGGAUGGUGACGAUGGCGCGUCGUCGUCGACUACUCUUCCACCCGACUCGCCCUCGCCGCCGAGACAUCGGUCCGGCGCCGCAGGCGGCCUCCAUCUGAAGAACCCAGAGACAAUCACGGCCGAGACGCUGAAUAACCACAUGUACACUGCUGGGAACCCACCGUUGGACAUCUUCGUCAGGACUAGUGGUGUUGAGAGACUCAGCGACUUCAUGCUGUGGCAGUGCCACCAGGAUACGCACAUUUUCUUCUUGAAGUGUCUCUGGCCAGACUUUGACCUGCAGCACUUCCUGCCGGUGCUUUUGGAGUGGCAAUGGAGGCAGAAGAAGCAGAUUGAGGCCGACGAGCAUCCUAGACAAGCAAACACGAAGGCGCGGAAGCUUGCCUGAAACUGCUCGAAUCAGCAUACGGUCUGCUCUGAUUUCACUGCGAGGCGUUCUUUCCCCUUCAUUUUUCGUGAUAGUGUUUGCGCAAAAUAUUUGCCCAGGACUUGUCCUUGGCUGCGCUAUUGGGUGGAGGUGGCCGGAAUUGAUACCACGAGAGUGUGUUUGUACCAUAUUGAUAUCCAUCAAAUCCAAUUGCUGUUUUUAAAAGUAGUUUGCCAGGUUACGGGAUGAGGGGCGUAAAGAAGAAACAAAAAACAAUGAGAGAGAAAAGGAAAAGAGAGAAAGGAACAAGGAGAGUUAUGAUUCGGAGUUACAACGAUGCGAAUUCGAUAGGUUACGAGAUUGACUUGAAGGCUCUGGAAUGAAAACGGUUAUGGACG